GAUGUUGCAAACUGUCAACAUUGCCUUGCUAUCAUCAUCAAGAGGAGAAGUCACCUCUUUGCAGAUCUCAACAUUUCCCUCGUCAUUUUUGGAAAGUACUACUACUACAACAACACGAAUCAACAUGAAGGUUGUCGGAUCUACCUGCGCCCUGAAGAGCAAAGUUAGCGGUGACGACAUGGUACGCUGCCUGUCCGACCAGAGCCUGACCAUCUCCAAAUGCAAGAUCCCACUGCUGGACGAGCAAAUGGCCGUCUUUCUCCAGGACAUGAACAACUGCUACAGCAAGCUAAAGGAGCUCGUGCCCACCCUGCCUACAAACAAAAAGGCCAGCAAAGUUGAAAUCCUGCAGCAUGUCAUUGACUACAUCUGGGACCUGCAGGUCGAGUUGGACGAGCCGGAGAAGAGCCGCCAGCUCUCCAACGGCACCGUCCAUCGCACGCCGCUGACCACCCUGAAUGCAGAACUCGCCAGCAUCGCAGUAGAGAAUGGGUGCUCGGAUGACAGGAUCAUGUGCCGUUAAGAGGUCGUGGAGUAUCGCACCAUCAACCCACAGCGGGCACAGCAACUAUCGAACAAGGCUCAUUGAUGUGAUCACAUCGAUAAAAAAAAAAAACCUUGAACUCAGUAGGGACGUUUCAAACAGUGUGAACAUCCUGCGGCUUUGAGGAUCUCUGACACUCAGGGCUCUCGAUUCAUGAGAGGGCCCCGAGAGAAGAAGUAGACCGGUGGUGUCCAGAUAUAGACUGGGUUAGCCGGGGGACCAAGACAAGUUCAGUGCAACACAGCAUCGCUUGUUGCUUGUAGAGUUUUUAAAGAAAGCUAAUUUCUGUUACGCUCUUUGUAUCUUGUGUAAACCUAUAGAGAAAUUAACGUUUUGUUAAAAAGUAAAUUUCUCAGAUUCCUGAGCAAAAAAACUGUAUUGUAUAUUACAAUGCCAUAUUAUGUGAAGAUAUUGUUUUCUUACAAUGUACCUUAUUGAUGUUUUUAUUAAAACAAGACAAUUAUUUUUGAA